AAUUCGCCAACUACAUCGCUCGUCGGAUCCAAUCAGGACACGGCGUCAGUCAUUCAUGAUUGAGGAACUAGAGGGCUGUAUGGCAGAUGCAUGUGAAGUAUGUUGGUAAUACAACCUGUGCACAGUGUUGUUACCAAGCUUAAUUGUGCGUACAGGAAAUUCUACUGAGAUUCACUCUGAGGCAGUUUAAUAGGUAAACAGUCUGUUGGGUGAGGAAAAUUAAUAACUGGCAACUUAGAAUGGCUAUUCGGAGUGAAGUAGAAGGUUAUGAUGCAUUUUGCAACCUAAUUGAGGAAUUACAAACUCAGGAUAAACCAGUGUACCUUUAUUUUUGUGGCUCCAAAAAGGCAGAUGGAAAAAGCUGGUGUCCGGACUGUGUAAAAGCAUCUCCUGUAGUUGAAAAAGCUGUGGAAGAAGCAGAGAACAUACAUUUUGUGUAUGUUGGUGUUGGUGAUAGAGACGUUUGGAAGGAUCCCAAAUGUCCAUUUAGGACAGAUAAACAUCUGCAGCUGAAGAGUGUUCCUACUCUGAUUGUAUGGGGUCGACCUGAAAAGGUUGAAGAUACAGAAUGUUCAAAUCCAGAUCUUGUUUCAGUGUUAUUUAAACUAUCUUAAAUUCAUACUUUUAGUUGUGUCAACAUUAUGUUAAAACCUUCCUACAAAUAUGUUUAUUGCUAAAAUGACAAUGGCAGCUGAUAUAAAGUAUAAUUUUUUGUACAAAUAUAAUUAAAGUUCAUUAUUUUAUUAAA